GAACUUGGUUCCCUAUACUCAAUAGACGGACACGGUUCAUGCGCCCAAUCGUUCUCUUCACCGCUGUUGGUUUUCUCAUUCAGUCAGGCCGUUAUUAACACUAGUGCACAAUCUAUCGGCGCGCACAUGGGAAAUGGUCGUAAGCAGAAUAGCGUCUAUGGACGUUUAAAUACCCUAUUAACGAAACGUUCUUAGGGAUUCCUGAAUGGCGACUGUCACACAGUAAAUUGGGACGCCGAGGGACAUAUACAAACUACAAAUACUAAUUAUAUACACGCAAUCGCGACAUGUGACCAGGAAGCUGCUGGUGUUUCUGUAUAGAUAACGGGUUGACAAUAAUGUUUGACAGCCAUUAAUGGAUAUGAAGAAUUUUCUUAAAUUCAAAACAGGAGAAAAUAGAGAUUUAAGGAAGUUUGGCGAAGAAUAUUAUUUACGUGAAGCGAAAUUAUGGCGCCCCUUUCGGAUAGGUGGGUUGGCGGCCAUCGCCAUAGCCCUACCAUUAACUUUGACAGCCAUUUUGAACGACACAUGGAUAUAUGGAGAAGAUUUCAACGUGGGAUUAUGGGAGAGAAACUGUGUCCACAUGAAGAAUCACACAUUCAUCGACUGCUCUGCGAUCAACAAUGGUGAAGCACCCCCAAGAGUUUUCAGAAUUUAAUAGGUCGCACGGUAGUCUAGUGGUAGGACGCCGGGCUCGCGUCCAAAGGGUUGUGGCUUCUAGUCACGUCACGGUAUUGUGUUGUAUCUUUGAACAAGAUGCUUUACUCCGCUUUUUCCAGUCUACUCAGCUGUAAAUGAGUACGUGGUUGGGCAGUGCUAGAACUGUUAAGUGCUAGCACCGGCUGUAUGCUCCCCAGGGAGUCAAGAAACAUAUUGGCCGUUUGCAAAUGCCCUAUAACCACGGAUAAUAAUUUGUGAACCACUUUGAGACGACCUACAUGUACA